GGCGAAACCACUGAGCUAAAUCCCUGGCCCAAAGUAUAUAUUACUAAUAGAUCUAAAAAUCUUUCUGCAUGGAGUUAACAUUUAUUCACAAAGACUCCUGGUCAACCAUGGCUGUUGGACAGACAGAACUUUAAGAUGUCCCCAAGUUUCCUGGUCUUUGAUGUAUUCUUGGGUAGACCCAUGAGCACAAAAGGUGCCACCAAAAGCCACAGGAUUAACUCCAGAAAAAAAUCAAACAUUUGGUACCAAAAGUUAGAGAAGGUAAAUUCUAGUGUUCUAUAGCAAGGUAGGGUAAUGUUAGUUCACAAUAAAGUAUCAUAUAUUUUAUGAAUUACUAGAAAUGAGGAGCUCAAAGGCUGUAAACACAAAGUACUGAUAAGGAGAUGAAGAUGUUAAUUACCCUGAUUUGAUCGCUGUGCAUUGUACACAUGUAGUGAAAUAUUACACGGUACCUCAUAGACAGUUAUUACAUGUUAAUCAAACCAUUUUUAAAAAUGUUUAAGGAAAUGGAAGUGCUCACCACUAUAUACACACUGCAUGCCCAUACUGGUCAGGGCUCUCCAAAAGAUCCAAACCAGUAGAACAUGUAUAAUUACAGGCAACAAACUAGAUUGGCUUGCAUGAUCAGCAGCUGAGUAGUCCCACCUUGGCUGUCUGUAGCUCAGGGUGCUGGGGAAGAUGGCAGCCAACCCAUCCAAGAAGCUGGAAGCCUCAGAACAAGAGGAAUUAAUCAUGCAACCCUCGUCUGAGGCUGAAGGCCUGGAGGACUCCUGCAGAGUUAUGCUGUGUCCAAAGGCUAAAGAAUGUGGAGUCUGACGUGCACUUGUGGCAGCAACAGCAAAAACUGUUCCUGCUCAAGUAAGGUCGAAUUCCCAGGCUUCUGUUCCUUUCGCUAUGGAAUAUCCGUGCUCCUGCACUUCUGCAACGGGGUGGUAAUGGCACAACGUACAUGCCUGAGCCUCACAAUGGUGGUGAUGGUGAAUGCCACACAGAGUCUGCCCAAUAUCUCCUCAGGGGAGCAUCCAGGGAACAUAAUGAACCCUGUCUAUAAUUGGAGCCCUGACAUACAAGGGAUCAUCUUAAGUUCCAUCUUCUAUGGCACAAUGAUUGUCCAAGUUCCUAUUGGAUAUUUAUCUGGAAUAUACUCUAUAAAGAACAUGAUUGUUUGGGGCUUAUUCCUCGGCUCUGUGUUCAGUCUGUGCAUCCCCCCAGCUGCUCAGGUUGGAGAAACUUUGGUCAUUGUGUGUCGAGUAGCCCAGGGAAUGGCCCAGGGGACAAUAAUAGCAGCGCAGCAUCACAUAUGGGUCCAGUGGGCUCCUCCCUUGGAACAAGGCCGACUUACCACCAUCAGUCUAUCAGGGAUUCACUUGGGGCCUUUCAUUGUCCUGCUUGUGACUGGAUUCAUCUGCGAUCUUCUGGGCUGGCCCUUCGUCUUCUAUAUUUUUGGUGCUUAUGGCUGUGUCCUAUGUCUUUUCUGGUAUGUUCUGUUUUAUGAUGACCCAAAAAACCACCCAUGUAUAAGCAUCAAUGAGAAAGAAUACAUCACAUCAUCCCUCGCCCAGCAGGUCAGCUCAAGUAAUUUGACUACUCUGCCCAUCAAGGCUAUGCUGCAGUCUCUCCCACUCUGGGCCAUUUUCCUCUGUAAUUUUGCCAAUAUCUGGACAAGUAAUUUCACACUUAUGUACACCCCAAUAUUGAUCAACUCCAUAGCUCAUGUUAACAUGAGAGAGAACGGGCUCCUAUCCAGCCUGGCCCCUCUGUUUGCCUACAUCAUUAGUAUCCUAGGAGGUCAGAUAGCAGACUUCCUCAGGUCCAGGAAUAUUCUCAGCACCAUUACCAUCCGAAAACUCUUCACCACACUAGGAAUGCUCUUUCCUGUCAUCUUCAGUAUGUGCAUGCUGUACCUAAGUUUCAACUUUUAUAGCAUUAUCAUCUGUCUGAUAUUUGCUAAUGCAACAACUGCCUUUGUUUUUAGUGGAGUGCAAAUAAAUGCCUUGGAUAUCGCUCCCAGAUUUUAUGGAUUUCUUAAAGGAGUUUCAUCUGUAAUUGGAAUGGUAGGAGGCAUACUUUCUUCAACUGUGACUGGAUUAAUCCUUAAUGAGGAUCCAGAAACUUCUUGGUAUAAAAUCUACUUCUUGAUGUCAGCCAUUAAUAUGUUAGCUCUAAUUUUUUACCUUAUAUUUGCUAAAGCAGAAAUUCAGGAUUGGGCUAAAGAAAGCCAAGAGACCCGACUUUGAAGAAAACUCAUUAUGAAGUCGAGCACCUGGAGAGCCUGAGAGUGGCCUGCCUAGUGGAGAGAUGAGGGACCAGCACAGGGGGCCAGGCUGCAGGGUCAUCACCGGCACAGGAAGAAGGUGAAACAGAAACUCCUGGGCCCACCUCCCCCCUACACAGGCUGUGUGUGCUUCUCAGUUGAAGCAUGUGUUGCUUGUGACAUGUUACAUGUCUCAGUUUCAAAAGUGAUUUUAUUUAUCUGUCUUCAUCUUUCUAUCUUCUUCUUUGUUAAAUAAGCCAAUAAACAAUCAUAUGAUAAAA